AGGGCCCGGCGCGCUCCGGGAGGCGGCCGCGCGGGCCCGGGAGCAGCAGGACUCGGGCUGGAGCGUGGCCGGACCCCCGCCCGCCGAGGUGCCCCAGGAGGACGCGGCAGAGUCACAGUGGCAGCUUUGAGAGUUGGACACCCGGGUCCCUGAAGUGAUCUCUAGGCCCCAGCCCAAAAUCUGCCACCAUUCCGUGCUGCGGGGACACCAUGGCUCCAGAAGAGGACGCUGGAGGGGAGGCCUUAGGGGGCAGUUUCUGGGAGGCUGGCAACUACAGGCGCACGGUGCAGCGGGUGGAGGACGGGCACCGGCUGUGCGGGGAUCUGGUCAGCUGCUUCCAGGAGCGUGCCCGCAUCGAGAAGGCCUACGCCCAGCAGUUGGCUGACUGGGCCCGAAAGUGGAGGGGCACUGUGGAGAAGGGCCCCCAGUAUGGCACACUGGAGAAGGCCUGGCACGCCUUCUUCACGGCGGCCGAGCGGCUGAGCGCGAUGCACCUGGAGGUGCGGGAGAAGCUGCAAGGGCAGGACAGUGAGCGGGUGCGCGCCUGGCAGCGGGGGGCCUUCCACCGGCCUGUGCUGGGCGGCUUCCGUGAGAGCCGGGCAGCGGAGGAUGGCUUCCGCAAGGCCCAGAAGCCGUGGCUGAAGAGGCUGAAAGAGGUUGAAGCUUCCAAGAAGAGCUACCACGCAUCCCGGAAGGAUGAGAAGACAGCCCAGACGAGGGAGAGCCACGCGAAGGCAGACAGCGCCGUCUCCCAGGAGCAGCUGCGCAAACUGCAGGAACGGGUGGAACGCUGUGCCAAGGAGGCCGAGAAGGUACAGGCUGCAGGUCCCAGGCCUGGUCCCCGCCCAGGGCACGGCUUCCUGAAUGAAUCUUGCUCCUCGAAAACCUUGUCCAGUCCCCAGCACUCUUAUUACCCUAAUCCCCACCCGCCACCCUCUCUCCAGAUGAUCAUUGGGGAGGAGCUGCUGAAAAUGAGCGAGGAGGAUGAGCAGGGCUGGUGCCAGGGCCAGCUGCAGAGCGGCCGCAUUGGCCUGUACCCUGCCAAUUACGUGGAGUGUGUGGGCGCCUGAGUGCCCUGAAAGCCCCUCGGCGACGUUUUCACACCCUGGGGCAGAGCCCGGCUUCUCCUGGACAGCUGGACCCUCAGGGCCCUCAACCAUCGCUCCCCUGCUGCUCCUCUGUCCCUUGAGGGAGGAAAUCCUGGGACCCAGGGAGGGAAAGGGCCUGUCUAGAAAGGGACUGGUAGGGAAGGGCCAACUGAGUCUUGGAUGAGGGCAAGAUGCGAGGUCAGAGGUGACAGAAUGGUUCAGGGGUGCCUGGGCCUCCCUAGGAGCUGUGGACCCAGUUCCUGACCUCUGCUUUGGGGUUCCUGGAGUGGGCUUGGGGUGAGUGUAGUUCCGGCCUAGCAACACCCUCUUUUGUGGCUUGUUCUAGCGUGUAUUAAAACUUGACAAA